AUGCAGCUCGCCGCGCAGAGGACCCAGGCCGCCGGGGCCAAGGCAAACAAUCGCAAGGCCUUCGGCCCCUGCAAGCCGCGAUCAGUCGUGGUGCGGGCACAGUCCACUGCAGACGCCGAUGCCACCAGCCGGCGCUCCCUGCUGAGCGCAUCGGUGGCGCUCUCGGCCGCGGCGGGCGUGCUGCCGCAGUUGGCGCUUCCCGACGCGGCGAGCGCCAACACCGUGCUGUCGGCUGACUGGGAGAAGGCAAGUUGA